AUGCGGAUCUGGUCGUGGGAACAAUGUGGGGAGACUAGCCUGGUGCUACUGGGGUUCCUCACCCUGGGAUUGUCUGUAGGGAACCUCUCAACCAGGGGACAGGAGGAUGGGGCAGCCUCCAACAGUCUGGAGGAUGAGCUGGAGUCCACCACAUUCUGGUGGGGGGAGUGGGCCAAGUGGACCGCCUGCACGCGCACCUGUGGAGGUGGGGUCAUGUCCCAGGAGAGGCAUUGUCUCAAACAGAGAAAGAAAGCAGCCGCUGGUAGAGACAACAUGACCUGCACUGGCACUUCUAAAAAAUACCUCCUCUGUAACACCAAGGACUGCCCUUCCUCUGGGAGAAGCUUCAGGGAAGAGCAGUGCUGGUCGUUCAACUCACAGGUCUACAAUGGCAGGAACUACCACUGGAAACCCCUGUAUCCCGAUGACUAUGUCCAUAUCUCCAGUAACCCAUGUGACCUGCACUGCACCACAGCCGACGGCCAGAGACAGCUGAUGGUUCCUGCCCGAGACGGAACAUCCUGCAAGUACAGCAACUACAGAGGGGUCUGUGUGGACGGCAGAUGUGAGCCAAUCGGGUGUGAUGGAGUGCUCUUCUCGCCCAAUACACUGGAUACGUGUGGAGUGUGUCAGGGGGAUGGCAGCAGCUGCAGCAGGGUCAAUGGAAACUUCCGCCGCGAGGCCACCAGUUUGGGUUACUCCUUUAUCACAACAAUCCCUGAGGGUUCCUGGGACAUCCAGAUCAUUGAGAGGAAGAAGUCAGCUGAUGUUUUGGCUGUGACUGAUCAGGCGGGGAACUUCUUUUUCAAUGGAAACUACAAGGUGGACAGCCCCCAGAACUUCCAUGCGGCGGGUACCGUCUUCAAGUACCGGCGGCCCAUGGAUGUGUAUGAGACGGGAAUCGAGUACAUCGUAGCCAAAGGGCCCAUCAACCAGGCCAUCAAUGUUCUGGUGUGGAACCAGAAUGGUCGUAUCCCUUACAUUACGUACGAGUACACCGUCCUACGGGAGUCCCUGUCCCCCAUCCCUCAACCCCCUGUCUACACUGGCCCCGACAGCACCACCCCUGGGGUUUCCGUGGAGAUGGGCAGUAUGGUGGCCCCCAACGAGAGCACGUAUGACAAGGCGAUACCUGAGACUCAGCAGAACCGUUUGUUGAAGAAGGGGGCCGAGAUGGCAUGGGCCGAGGGCCAGGAGACCAAUGAGGUGAAUGAGGAUACAGCAGCCAUUGACUGUGACCAGGACAGCCCAACCCUUCCACAAUACACAGAUGGCAACAGCAGUCACACAGGCAGUGUAGCAGUCCCUGCCCCUGCAGCCAGCAGGCCUUUAGAGGAGGUGCCAGACCCAGAGAACCUCAUCUGGAGAGUCUUGCUGGGCGAGCGGAUUGGUCCAGAUGUGGGAGAGGGACUGUUCUCGUCAGAGGUGGGGCCAUUGGAGGUAGACCAUAGCAGUGUGAAGUUCCCCCUCAAAAGCUCACUGGGGGAGUUCAGUCUGGGCCGGCGGAGGAAUGAUACUGGAGACCUGCUGUUCCCCAACAGGACGUUGCUGACAGGGAUGAGGAGCAACAACCGUACCAACAGAACCAGGACCAUUCAGAGGUUCCUGCAGAAGAACUUCAAGCUGAGCCCUGCAGACAUGUACCGCUGGAAACUGUCUUCUCAGGAACCCUGCACCUCCACCUGCUCUAUAGGAGUGUCAAAGUCCUUUGCCAUGUGUGUGCGCUACGAUGGAGCUGAGGUAGAUGACAUGCAGUGUGACAAUAUGACCCGACCUGAGCCUGUUCAUGACUUCUGCAUUGGGAGGGAGUGCCAGCCCAGGUGGGAGGCCAGCAGUUGGAGUGAAUGUUCUCGUACUUGUGGUGAGGGCUUCCAGUUCCGUCUGGUGCGCUGCUGGAAGAUGCUGUCCCCCGGGCUGGACAGCUCUGUGUACAGUGAUCUCUGCACCGUGGCAGAACUGGAGAGGCCCCUGGAGCGCCGUGCCUGUAAGAGCCCCACCUGUGGCCCCCAAUGGGAGGUGGCCGAGUGGACUGAGUGUCCAGCCAAGUGUGGCCACAGGGCCCAGGUGACCCGGGAGGUCAGGUGUUCAGACGAAACCAAGUUAUGUGAUCCCCCGACCCGCCCCCCUAACAUUAAGAACUGCACAGGCUCGCCCUGCGAACGCCAGUGGACUGUGUCAGAGUGGGGGCCAUGCUCGGGGUUGUGCGGCCAGGGGAAGAUGGUACGCCACGUGUACUGUAAGACACCAGAGGGCCGUGUGGUGCCUGAAUCUCAGUGCUCUCCGGAGAAUAAGCCCCUGGCCAUCCAUCCCUGUGGGGAGAAGGACUGUGCCCCACACUGGCUCACUCAGGACUGGGAGAGGUGUAACACGACAUGUGGCCGCGGUGUGAAGCGGAGGAUCGUGCAAUGCGCCGGCAUCACCGCUGGGAAGUUCCAGACCCACGACAACGAGGACUGUGGUGCCAGUGAGAGGCCAGAGGACGAGAACACCUGCUUUGAGAGGCCCUGUUUCAAGUGGUACACCACACCCUGGUCUGAGUGCACUAAGAUGUGUGGUGUGGGUGUUAGGAUGAGAGAUGUAAAGUGCUACCAGGCUAGGGAGAUCGUGAGAGGGUGUGACUCACUGACCAAGCCUGUGGCCAAGCAGACCUGCGCCCUGCAACCCUGUCCCACUGAACCCCCAGAUGAGAGCUGUCAGGACCGACCCACCACCAACUGCUCUCUAGCUCUGAAGGUGAACCUGUGCAGUCACUGGUACUACAGCAAGGCCUGCUGCCAUUCCUGCAGGGCCCAGCACACCUCUUAGUAUUGCCUGACACUCCCAAAGCCUUUCCCCCAUAGUAGGCUACUCUACUUCACCACAGUAAGUUACUCUACUACACCACACUAGGCUACUCUACUACACUACAGUAAACUACUCUACAGUAAGUUACUCUACUACACCACACUAGGCUACUCUACUACACCACACUAGGCUACUCUACUACACUACAGUAGACUACUACACAGUAAGUUACUCUACUACAACACACUAGGCUACUCUACUACACUACAGUAGACUAUUAUACAGUAAGUUACUCUACUACACCACACUAGGCUACUCU